AUGGCUACAGAAGCAUCUGCUGCCGUCGCCGCGGUUCCUACACGUACUGAAGAAGACCUGGCCUUUCUCUUCAAGCGAUUUCCCGGCUACCUAUUCACUGAACGCAAGGGGCCAGCGUGGUCGUGGGUAUGGAAAUUCGGCUUAGCGAUCCUACCGGUAAGCGACCGCCGCCUUCUGCCGGUCAAGCCCCAACGCGAGAGCAGCAAUUCGAGAUCCAUCGCCACCUUCUUCAAUCUCAAUGCGAACAACGCCGAAGAUCAGAGGAUGGCCAACCACUUGAUCAGCGCGUUCGAUAGAGCUGAGUUUCAACGAAGGAUUGUAAGAUGGCUCAUCAGCGCCAAUCUUCCUUUCCGCACAGCUGAACACCCUUAUCUUCGCGAUGUCUUCUCCUACCUCAACCCCUCUGUCGACAUUCAAAAAGCCAACCUCUCCGAGAAGACUGUUCACGCCCUCGCUGUACGAGAGGUUGAGCGGCAUAAGGAUGCGGUGGUUAAGACGCUCCAGGAGAGCCCCGGGCUGGUUCAUCUAGUCUUCGAUGGAUGGACUUCACGCAACCGCCUCUCUCUCUACGGCAUGAGUGACCGGCAUACGGGUGAGAACAUCGCGGAGGCCAUCCUCGAUGUUAUUAGAAACUAUGGUAUUGAAAAGAAGAUUGGCUACUUCACUGUCGACAACGCUACAAAUAACGACGCCGCGUUGAAAAUAAUCGGUGAGAAGCUCGGCUUCCAGUGGAAAGAGAGGAGAGUUCGAUGCUUCGGCCACAUCAUCAACCUACAUGAGCAAUGGAGGAGGAAAGGCCCCAUUGGGAGGUCAACAGGUCAGACCUCUGGACCAAGAAGCUCAUCUCGGCGCAAAGAGCAAACGGAUCCCGAGAAGCCUCCGAAGCCUUUCUACGAGACCUUCCUCUUUGAGGCGAAGCUUCACGUUGACUCGCAGUUCCGGACGACAGCAGGCACUCUAAAGAAAGGCGCGAAGGAGCCGCUCUUCUUAAAUGAGGAGAACAAGUUGACCGCGAACGACUGGGAGGUCAUCUCUGUGUUGAAAGAGAUCCUUCUCGACUUUGAGCUCGUUGUGAAAGCUCUUCAGGGCGACGGUCAACCUCGUGAGAAGAAGCGCAGCUCCUGCGAUGAGCCGAUCAGUCUAGUACAGGGAGCAAGCUGGGAUCUUCUCGAUGGGUACGAGUUCCUCCUUGAGUCUCUCGAGAGAGCGAAGGCGAGAGUUGAAGACCUCGUUGACGGCGAACACGUCGCUAUUAACGUCAACAACGCAUGGAUGAAGCUCGACAAAUACUACGAGAAGAUCGGCCAGUCUCCUCUCAUCUACGCUGCCACCGCAUUGCACCCUCGGCACCGAUGGGGUAGGUUCGAGGCGUGGCGUGAGCAUCACGCUGACUGGAUCGAGCCAGCGAAGUUACAAGUCCGAGAACUCUGGAGGCAACAAUACCGAGACCUACCAGUCGAGCAGAAAGAGGCUUCAGAACCACCCACGAAAAUCCCCCGCCUCUCGAGCAACAGGUUCGCAAUCUUCAGAACCCAGGAGCGAACUCCAACAAACUCAGCACCCACCUCUCCUUCACCCUUUCCAUCGCCAGCGCUGGUCGAACUUGACGAGUUUGAGCGUUGGCAACUAGAUAAUAGCGACUUUGAUUGGUACGAGGAGGAUCCCCGUGCCUACUGGCACAAGAGAAGGAACACCUACCCACGGCUUGCGCGCAUGGCGUUGGAUCUACACACGGUGCUUCCUAUGAGCGCCGAAGUUGAGCGCUUGUUCAGCGUUACUGGCCAUAUGGUUACUCCUUUACGCAACCGGCUACAGGCGAACACAAUAUCUCUCUGUCAGAUCCUCCGCAGCUGGUACGAUGCCGGCGUGAUUGAUGAUCUCGAUCCAAUACUGUCAUGGAAGACACACGGACACAUGGAAGAUGAUUGA